UUCCAAUUUCCCCUCUUUCCAGCACAACACGUUUUUGAGCUGUGACCGAAGAACAUUACUCCUAUUAUGUCACUACUUGCAAUUAUUUAAAACUAAUAAAUCAUUGCCUAUUUUAUUAUUUAUUAUUGUCAUUGAAUUUCUUUUUCUAUUUUCGAUCAGACAAGUGAAAAAAUAAAAAUAAAAAUUAGUUUCUCUCUCUUACAUCCACUCGUCCGACCUUCGAUCCACAUAGACAGAGAUUCAAUCGCCGGACAUGAAUCGGCGAAAUUGAUCUUCACAUUCAUACUAUUCAUUCGUUGAUUUCGCUGAGAAAAAUUUCUGCAUCGAGCGAGCCAUUGAAAACCUAGCUCAGCCGGUUGUUCUUUUUGGAGGGAUUCCCCAAGCGGCGGUGCUGGCAGCUGGGGCGGAGGAUCUCCGGAUCGUUGGGAUAGCCGCGGCGGCGGAUUUGAUGUUGAGUAUUGCGUGUUCGUUUUGUAGGAAUUGGUUUUGGGACCUGGAUUUGGCGGUGGCGAUCGGCGUUGAUAUUAUUGGCAGCUGUGCUGUCGGCGGCGGCGUCGGUGGUGAUUUGUUGAAUUGUCGGAGGUUAGCUGUGGCGGAGGGGGAAGAUGCAGCUGCACUUCUCACCUAGCAUGAGAAGUAUAACGAUAUCGUCGAGCAGCAGUGGAGGAAUUUGCAAUGGAGGCGGAGAUUUGAUGAAGAUCAAGGUCGCAGCUCGUCACAUUUCGUACCGCACGUUGUUCCACACUAUCCUGAUCCUUGCCUUUUUGUUGCCGUUUGUGUUCAUUCUGACCGCCCUUGUCACCCUUGAAGGUGUCAACAAGUGCUCCUCGAUAGAUUGCUUAGGACGACGAUUGGGUCCAAAGUUUCUUGGUAGAAGCGACGAUUCUGGGAGGCUGGUCAAGGACUUUGUUAAGAUCCUGAAUCAAGCAAACUCUGAGAAAGUCCCUGAUGGCCUGAAGCUCCCGGACUCUUUUAAUCAGCUUGUUUCUGAUAUGAAAAACAAUAAGUACAGUUCAAAGGAGUUUGCUCUAAUUUUAAAAGGAAUGAUGGAGAGGUCAGAAAGGGAAAUCAGGGAGUCCAAGUUCUCUGAGCUAAUGAAUAAACAUUUUGCAGCUAGUGCAAUCCCGAAGGGCAUUCACUGUCUCUCAUUGAGAUUAACUGAUGAAUAUUCUUCCAAUGCCCACGCACGCAAGCAGCUUCCUUCUCCAGAGUUUCUUCCUUUGCUUUCUGAUAACUCCUACCAUCAUUUUGUGUUGUCAACGGACAACAUUCUUGCGGCUUCAGUUGUAGUGACAUCAGCUGUUCUGUCAUCCGCCGCCCCUGAAAAGAUUGUUUUCCAUGUCAUAACUGACAAGAAAACUUAUGCAGGCAUGCAUUCAUGGUUUGCCCUGCAUCCUGUACCUCCUGCUAUAGUUGAGGUGAAAGGUGUGCAUCAAUUUGAUUGGUUAACAAGAGAGAAUGUUCCGGUCCUUGAAGCCGUAGAGAGCCAUUAUGGGAUUAGGAAUUAUUACCAUGGGAAUCACAUUGCCGGGGCCAAUCUAAGUGAUACAACCCCACGAACAUUUGCCUCCAAAUUGCAGGCUAGGAGUCCAAAGUAUAUCUCGUUGCUCAACCAUCUUCGUAUAUAUCUUCCUGAGCUAUUCCCAAAUCUUGAAAAAGUGGUUUUCCUAGACGAUGAUGUGGUAAUCCAACGAGAUUUGUCUCCUCUCUGGGAGAUUGACCUUAACGGAAAAGUAAAUGGAGCUGUCGAGACUUGCAGAGGUGAAGAUGAGUGGGUUAUGUCCAAGAGAUUCAGGACCUAUUUCAACUUCUCUCACCCACUUAUAUCGAAAAACUUGAAUCCUGAUGAAUGUGCAUGGGCAUAUGGGAUGAAUAUAUUCGACUUGCAGGCAUGGCGAAAGACAAAUAUUAGAGAUACUUAUCACUCUUGGCUCAAGGAGAAUCUGAAGUCAAACCUCACAUUAUGGAAGCUCGGGACUCUACCUCCAGCUUUAAUAGCAUUUAAAGGCCACGUUCACCCUAUAGAUCCCUCGUGGCACAUGCUUGGUUUGGGCUAUCAGAAUAAGACGAGCAUUGAAAACGUGAAGAAGGCAGCUGUGAUUCACUACAAUGGUCAAUCCAAACCGUGGUUAGAGAUUGGUUUCGAGCAUCUGAGGCCGUUCUGGACCAAAUAUGUAAACUACUCGAGUGACUUUGUAAGGAAUUGCCACAUCUUGGAGUAGCAAUUAGCCGACACACUCGAAUGGGAGGAAAAGUAUAACAGGUUAUGCUCAAAGUUAUCUUUUUCGGAGGAAGGUAAUAUUUUAUCAACAUUCGAUGAUAAAGUGAGGAGGACAUGAGAAUUUGAAAAAAAAUACGAAAUAUGAUGUGUGGGGCCCGGUUUUGGAAGGAAGGAGCUACAUGGCUAGGUUGGCCAUGUAAUGGGAUUCAUUCUUUUUUCGUAUGUAAAGUAGCAUUCGUUCAUCUAUUCAAGGACUUAAUUGUUUUUCUUCUCUUUUCUUUUCUUUCUUUUUUUUU